GAAAAUCGUGCUCGGGUCAGACCACGUGUCGUCCGUCCACCCCCUCAUGAUCGCCACUUGUCUCUCUCAUCUCCCAUCUUUCCUCUCUCUAUCAAUCCCGCCCGUCCCCCCCGCCAGGCCCAUUUCCGUCAUUCCACCAAGAAGCCAAAGACCCAGAAGGGACCCCAGCACAGCAACACCCAUCUUCCCUGCCUGCCCCUGCUCCCAUUCUUUUCGAUUCAAUUCUUCCCGACAGAAAAAUCCCAACUUCUUCUUUGGGUAUUCUUGCUGCUCGGUGCAUUCUUGUUCUCGUGACCCAUCCAGCCAGAGUUUCUGGAAAGUUAAGAAUUUUUUUAGCAAAGUGAGGUUGGAUCGAACCACCGAUCAAUCAAUUAAUCAAUCAGUCGGAAGAAGGGAGGAUAAGAAAAAAAUGUCCCAUUUUUGGAUUUGGGUUUCUGCUGCUAAUGCUUCUCGGAGCAGUUCUAGGCUUGCUCUGAUUGAGUGAAUCAUGGGUCUGUCGUCGUGGGUGUUGCUGAAUUGUCAGAGCACGAGGGUAGUUCUUGAUCUUCUGUUUCAUCGGCGGGGAGGAGGGUAUAGUCGCUGAGACUGUGCUGGGUUCCGCUCGAUUGUGUGUUAUGUGCGGUCUUGGGACUGAGAAGGAUAGCAUGGGAGAAGCUGAAGAGGGUAGGAGGAGUAACACUAACAGCAGCAUGACGCAGAACUUGUCCCUGCAAUUGGACAAAUACCCGAGAGAUCUGUUGCAGAGGUUCAUGUCGAGCACUCACCAAUCGGAUUACGCCACGGCCGACGAAGAGACCGAGGACCUCGAGCUGAAUCUUGGGCUGUCGCUGGGCGGUCGGUUCGGGGUCGACAAGAGCCCCAGGAGCAAGCUCAUCAGAUCGUCCUCUAUAGCCGGGUUCAUCCCCCUCCCGGGCCCACAGGGCGAGGAGUCGCCCACCCCGCCGCGUGGCUCGUACCCGCCGCUCAUGAGGACGGCGUCCCUCCCGACUGAGACGGAGGAGGAGUGGAGGAAGAGGAAGGAGCUACAAACGCUGAGGCGAAUGGCGGCCAAGAAGCGGCGCUCCGAGAAGCAGAGGAGCUUGAAUUCCAAGGCCGAGAAGGAAGGUGGUGGAGGAGGUGGAGAGGAGACGGGGGCGUCGGGGAGGGCUUCUAAUGCAGUCGCCCCGCCCUUCGGGCUGUCGAGCUGGUCUCAGGCGGUUUUGGGGGGCAGUAGCGGCGACGGAGGUGGAGCUAAGGGGAAAGAUGGGGUUUUGGGGAGCAGCGGAGGCAGUGGAGUUCUAGGGUUUGGGCCACAGACUUCGCAGGGGUCCGCCGAAUCACAGGGAGGGAGCUCGUCGGGGAUGUCGGAAUCCGAUGGUAGACUGAAACAAGGGUCGGGCGGUUGCAGUGGAGCAAGAAGCCCUGUGGGCCAGCUUCUGCAGGAUCGAAUCGGCAAUGAGUCUGCUGGCUCCUCGGGCGCCAGGAAGAGCGAGAGCUUGGCCCGGGCUUCAAGACAGGACACGCUGAGCCCAUCCAAGAGACCCGAGCCUGCGGAAAACCGGGGGAAGGAAAUUGGCAUAAAUGCGAUGGAAGACAUGCCGUGUGUCUUCACCAAAGGGGAUGGGCCCAACGGGAAGAGAAUUGAAGGAAUACUAUACAAGUACGGGAAGGGAGAGGAGGUUAGGAUAAUGUGCGUGUGUCAUGGGAGUUUUCUCUCACCCGCCGAGUUUGUUAAGCAUGCUGGCGGUGGCGAUGUGGCACAUCCUCUUAGGCAUAUAGUUAUAAACUCGAACCCAACUUUUAUGAGGUAGCGCGGGAUCCUGAGAUAAAUAGAGGGGACCCGCUGAAGGAGAUAUAGAGUAGAGUUAAAUGUAGGCUUCUGCUGUGAGAAAGACGAGGGGAAGUGAACGAGUUGGCCCGAGGGAAAUGGAAGGGGAAGUAUGCAAUGUUCAUUGGACUGUACCAUCUGCAUUGUUCUGAUAUUGGUUUUCUAGGAAAUUCUUUUCUUUGUCUUA